CUGCAGCGCUAGUGAGCUUGAUAUUUCAACGUCUCUGACGGGUUUUUACGAGCGCCGAUGAGAGGAAGCUUCAUUCAACUGCAUGCCGACCGUACUAAACUCGUUCCCAAUUUGGAAAAGAUUAAAAAAACAUCCGAAGCUUUCCGAUUCUCAUCGACAAUCACACAAUGGCGUCUGCCAAUCUUGACGAUGCAGAAGCCCAGUGGCGAGCUCAGUUCGAAGCCAUGAAGUCCGCCCUGGCCGGCUUGAAGCUCCCCUCAGAGCCACCCUCUGAUGUUGACUUUGACGAUGAAUACGAAGGAUACUCGUCCGGAAGCGGCGCGCAGGACGUCUGGGACUUCAUUUCGGACGACGAAGACGACGACUACAGCAGUGACCAGCUCGACGGUCAUGGUGUUACCAGCGGAGACGCACCCUACGGCGCUGCAUGGUUCGCUGGCAAGUGCUCGGCCAUAGCUGCGAAAAGCGGCCUGGCCGACGACGUAUUCCAGAACCAGAUCUUGAGCGUCUUGACGUCCGGCCAGGGCGAUGAGGAGCUCCAGUCCCAGCUCGCCGAUCUUAUCGGUUUCGACGACUUUGACUUCAUCAUCGAGCUGCUCGGCCACCGCAACGACGUUGUGACGGCUGCCACGUCCGAGGUGCCUCAGGAGUCCAAGGGGAGACUUCUCACCAAGGCACAGCGUGAAGAGGCAUUGCGACAACAGGACCAUCAGCACAAGAACGCUUCUCUUGCACCCGCCAUGACGAGAGAGGUCCAAUAUCCCCAUGUGUACAAAGCAUACAACGCAGGGAAUUCUCUUAGCCAUUCCGGAAAGAAGUAUGCCCUUCCGAACGGCAGUGAGAGACUUCUCUUCGACAAGUACGAAGAAUAUGCCAUUCCUGCAGGGAAGAAGGGCGUCUUGGGCCCCGGCCAAAAGCUGGUCAAGAUUUCAGACAUGGACGGCCUCUGUCGCGGCACUUUCAAGGGGUAUCGGACUCUCAACCGCAUGCAAAGUCUGGUGCACCCGGUGGCCUACAGGACAAACGAGAACAUGCUCAUCUGUGCUCCUACCGGUGCUGGUAAAACGGAUGCUGCCAUGCUUACCGUCCUGCAAACUAUUGGUCACUACUGCACGCCCAACCCCAUCGAAGACCCAACUGUUACCGAUUUCGCCGUCGAAGCGCAGGAUUUCAAAAUCGUCUAUGUCGCUCCGAUGAAGGCUCUGGCCGCUGAAAUCACCGAGAAGCUCGGCAAGCGACUGGCAUGGCUCGGCAUCAAGUGCCGAGAGUUCACGGGAGAUAUGCACCUCACCAAGGCCGAGAUCGUCCAGACCCAGAUCAUCGUCACCACCCCUGAAAAAUGGGAUGUUGUGACGAGGAAGGGGACGGGCGACACCGAGUUGGUGCAGAAGGUCCGCCUUCUCAUCAUUGACGAAGUUCACAUGCUUCAUGAUGAGCGCGGCGCCGUCCUGGAGUCGCUCGUCGCCAGAACGGAACGUCAGGUCGAGAGUACCCAAUCCUUGAUUCGUAUUGUCGGCCUCAGUGCUACGCUUCCGAACUACGUUGAUGUUGCCGACUUCCUCAAAGUCAACCGACACGCCGGCAUGUUCUACUUCGACGCCUCGUUCCGCCCCGUCCCGUUGGAGCAGCACUUCAUCGGCGUCAAGGGCAAAGCCGGGUCGAAGCAGUCCAAGGAAAACCUGGAUCAAGUGGCUUUCGAAAAAGUCAGGGACAUGCUCCAGAGAGGUCAUCAGGUCAUGGUCUUUGUCCACUCGAGAAGAGACACUCUUCUGACCGCCAAGAUGCUCCACGAAAAAGCCAUCGAAGACUUCUGCGUCGACUUGUUCGAUCCCACUGGCCACCCCAACUACGAGAAUGCCGUCCGCGACAUGAAGCAGUCCAGGGCGCGUGAUCUGCGAGAACUGAUACCCAAAGGAUUGGGGGUUCAUCACGCUGGUAUGGCCCGCUCCGACAGAAACCUCAUGGAGCGGCUCUUUGGAGAAGGUGUCAUCAAAGUUCUUUGCUGUACGGCAACUCUUGCUUGGGGUGUGAACUUGCCCGCAGCCGCUGUAGUUAUCAAGGGAACCCAGGUGUACAGCGCACAGGAAGGUAAGUUCGUUGAUCUCGGCAUCCUCGAUGUGCUGCAGAUCUUCGGUCGUGCUGGUCGUCCCCAGUUCGAAGACACCGGUAUUGGUAUGAUUUGCACCACGCAGGACAGACUUCACCACUACCUGACGACUGUCACGGAGCAACAGCCGAUCGAAUCCAAGUUCUCCACGAAGCUUGUUGAUAAUCUGAACGCUGAGAUCGCUCUGGGAACGGUCACGUCGAUUCCCGAGGCCGUCCAAUGGAUUGGCUACUCGUAUCUCUUCGUACGUAUGCAGAGAAGCCCCAUGAGCUACGGCAUCGAGUGGGCCGAGAUCAGAGAUGACCCUACGCUUGUUCAGAGACGGCGUCAGUUGGCCAUCCAGGCAGCCCGCACUCUUCAGCAAAGUCAAAUGAUCAUCUUCAACGAGGUCACCGAGGAGCUUCGCAGCAAGGACAUUGGCCGUAUUGCCAGCCAGUACUACAUCUUGCACACUAGCAUCCAGAUCUUCAACACCAUGAUGCGACCUAUGGCCACGGAAGCUGAUAUCCUUAAGAUGAUCAGCAUGAGCGGAGAGUUUGACAACAUCCAGUCGAGAGACUCGGAAGAAAAGGAGCUCUCCCGUCUGAGGCACGAUGUCGUGCCGUGUGACGUGGAUGGCGGCGUCGACACGCCCCAGGCGAAGACGAACAUCCUGCUGCAAGCGUACAUCUCGAGGGCUCAACCGGAAGAUUUUGCACUUGGGAACGAUUUGAACUAUGUCGCUCAGCAGGCCGGCCGUAUCUGCAGAGCUCUGUUCAUGAUCGCCUUGAAUAGGAGAUGGGGUCACCAGUGCUUGGUUCUGCUCACCCUCGCCAAGUCUAUUGAGAAGCGCAUCUGGCCCUUCCAGCACCCACUGCACCAAUUCGAUUUCCCCAAGUCGGUUUUCAACCAGCUUGACGCCAAGGAAAAUCUGUCCAUCGAAGCCAUGAGAGACAUGGAGCCAGCAGAAAUCGGCGCUCUUAUUCAUAACCAGAGCGCCGGUAAGAAAAUUGCCCACAUCCUCAACAACUUUCCGACGGUCAGUGUCGAGGCCGAAAUCGCCCCUCUCAACCGCGACGUCCUUCGUAUCAAGCUGUUCAUCGAGCCUGACUUUAGGUGGAAUGAUCACACCAACGGAACGUCCGAAUCCUACUACAUAUGGGUCGAGAACUCCGAGACGUCAGAGAUCUACCACCACGAGUUCUUUAUCCUCAACAGGCGGAAACUCUACGACGAUCACGAACUCAACUUCACCAUCCCGCUUUCGGACCCCUUGCCGACUCAGAUCUAUGUGCGAGCGGUUUCUGACCGAUGGCUCGGUGCUGAGACGGUGGCACCCGUCUCCUUCCAGCAUCUCAUCCGCCCUGAUACGGAGAGCGUGUACACCGACCUCCUGAACCUGCAACCGCUGCCCGUUAGCGCGCUGAAGAACCCGGCUCUCGAGGAGAUCUACGCCCAGCGGUUCCAAUUCUUCAACCCCAUGCAGACGCAAAUCUUCCACACCCUGUACCACACGCCUGCCAACGUUCUCCUUGGCUCUCCCACGGGCAGUGGCAAGACCGUCGCGGCAGAGCUGGCUAUGUGGUGGGCUUUCAGGGAGAGGCCAGGGUCCAAGGUCGUUUACAUCGCGCCCAUGAAGGCCCUCGUGCGCGAGCGUGUGAAGGACUGGGGAGCCAGGCUUGCCCGGCCUCUGGGAUUGAAGCUGGUUGAACUUACAGGUGACAAUACUCCCGACACUCGCACGAUUAAGGAUGCCGACGUCAUCAUCACCACGCCUGAGAAGUGGGACGGUAUCUCCCGCAGCUGGCAGACGAGAGGCUAUGUUCGCCAAGUGAGUCUCGUCAUCAUUGACGAGAUUCAUCUGCUGGCCGGCGAUCGUGGUCCCAUCCUGGAAAUCAUCGUCUCUCGCAUGAAUUACAUCGCAGCGUCCAUCAAGAACUCUGUGCGCCUGCUCGGCAUGUCGACGGCUUGCGCCAAUGCCACGGAUCUCGGCAACUGGCUCGGCGUCAAGGAGGGUCUGUUCAACUUCAGGCACUCAGUCCGCCCCGUCCCUUUGGAGCUUUAUAUCGAUGGUUUUCCGGAGACUCGAGGCUUCUGCCCGUUGAUGCAAUCCAUGAACCGCCCGACCUUCCUGGCGGUCAAGACACACAGCCCCGACAAGCCCGUCAUCGUCUUCGUCCCCUCUCGAAGACAGACACGUCUGACUGCCAAAGACCUGAUCAACUACUGCGGUAUGGAGGACAACCCCCGCCGCUUUCUCCACAUGGACGAAGACGACUUGCAGCUCAACCUUGCGAGAGUCAAGGACGACGCUCUCAAGGAAGCCAUCAGUUUCGGCAUCGGGCUCCACCACGCCGGUCUCGUCGAAUCCGACCGCCAGCUGGCCGAGGAGCUCUUCCUGAACAACAAGAUCCAGAUUCUGGUGGCCACCAGUACUCUCGCUUGGGGCGUCAACUUGCCCGCCCACCUCGUCGUCGUCAAGGGCACGCAGUUCUACGAUGCCAAGAUCGAAGGCUACAAGGACAUGGACCUAACCGACGUCCUCCAGAUGCUGGGACGAGCCGGGCGUCCGCAGUUCGACAACUCGGGCGUGGCGCGCAUCUUCACUAAGGACGCCAAGAAGGACUUUUACAAGCACUUCCUCCACACGGGCUUCCCUGUCGAGUCGUCCCUACACACGGUGCUGGACAACCAUUUGUGCGCCGAGGUCUCGGCCGAGACCAUCGUGACGAAGCAGGACGCUCUCGACUACCUGACGUGGACCUUCUUCUUCCGCCGCCUGCACAAGAACCCGUCCUACUACGGCCUUGAGGUCUCGGCCGAGGAGCACAACAGCAUUGCCGCCCAGACGCUCGCCAACGACUACAUGAUCGACAUGAUCGACAAGUCGCUCGACGAACUCGCGCAGUCCAGCUGCGUCGAGGUCUUCCCCAACGGUGACGUCGACCCCACCCCGAUGGGCAAGAUCAUGAGUUACUACUACCUCUCCCACAUCACAAUCCGCCACCUCGUCAAGCACAUCAAGGCGCAGGCCUCGUUCCUCGACGUGCUCUCGUGGAUGUCCCGCGCCACCGAGUACGACGAGCUCCCCGUCCGCCACAAUGAGGACCUCAUUAACGAGGAGCUCUCACGCAACCUACUCUUCCCAGGCAGCUCCUUCGGCCUGCCCAUGUGGGACCCCCACGUCAAGGCUUUCCUCCUGCUGCAGGCGCACAUGUCGCGCAUCACGCUUCCCAUCACCGACUACGUCGGCGACCAGACCAGCGUCCUUGAUCAGGCCAUCCGUAUCAUCCAGGCCUCCAUCGACGUCACCACCGAGCUUGGCCACCUGACUACCUGUCUUGAGUUCAUCAAGCUCUUGCAGUGUAUCAAGUCGGCCCGCUGGCCCACCGACCACCCGGCCUCCAUCCUCCCAGGUGUCGGCGUCGACACCCUCAAGUCGGACAAGUCCAACCUCACCCUCGCCAAGGUCGCCGCCCUCGCCUCCCCGGGUAAGGUCUCCAACCUCGCGAGGCAGCUCUCCGUCCCCGCCCACCAGCAGCCCCGCUUCGCAAAGGCCGUCGCCCAGCUCCCCAACCUCGCCGUCUCCGUCCCCGAGGCCACGGCGCUGUCCGUGUCCGUCGACCUCCGCCGCCUGAACCCGUUGACGGAGCGCGACGCGCACGUCUACGCGCCUCGCUUCCCGAAGCCCCAGAACGAGGGCUGGUUCGUCGUCCUCGCCGACCCGGCCCACGACGAGGUUAUCGCUGUCAAACGCGCCGGCUGGUCCCAGGGCCCAGGGAGGAGCAUCGCCGUCGGCUCCAAGCCGUCGACUCGCGCCAACAUCAAGGUGCCCGAGGCCGCGCAAGGCAGGAAGCUCGAGGUCAUGGUCAUCAGCGACGCGUACAUCGGGCUCGAGUACCGUGUUGGCGUCGACAUUCCCGCGGCACCCGUCGUGGACAACGACGUGGACAAGUCCAAGAAGGUGCAGACGCGGCAGCAAGAAGCCGGCGGCAGCGGCGGCGGGGCUUCUCAGGCGUGAAGUGCGAAUGCGAAGCACAAGUCAUGGGAGAUGCGGCAAGCAGAAGCGUAAACGACUCUGGUAUUAGAUGCAGGCUACGAUGGAGAUGGAUGCUGAAUGAUUAUGGCGUUGAUGCCGAUUGAGGAAAAACAAUGCUGCUGCCGCCGCCGCCUAAAGAAAUGCCUCGAGUUGGAAAGAUGUGGUCACAAGAAUCAAACGAAGGAGAGAGAGAGAAGAAACCCUCCACGCCUGUAAACCAAGAAAAGCCUCAGCAAGGCGCACCAGAAACAAGGAAUAACGGCCUCUUGCGAGGGACCAUGUCCCCUCCUCUCCCUUCCUCACCUUUUUGUGUAAAAAAGUGAGCUUCAAAUACUGGCGAACGCGUUUAUAACAGAAUCUCGUCCUCCCCCCACCCUCUCUUCCCCCUUCUCAACAUCCGUACAUGCGUGCGAACAUGAAUGUAUAUAUAUAUAUAUAUUGUGUGUGUGUGUGUGUGUGUGU